AUGGCUUUGCAUCCACAAAUUGUCUUCAUUCUGAUGCAUAUGACUGCUGUUAUGCUACUCGCUAUUAUUGGCAACUUAUUCCUAAUUUUUAUUAUUUUUCGCGCAAAUGCUACCGUAAAACGACGAAUUUCGCCAGUCCAGCAAUAUAUAUACAAAGCUGAGUACACCAGAAAGUCAAAAAUUUAG